ACGUAGCCUCUAACCGGAAGUGUCCGAUGAGUAACAGCGCUAACUUGACACUAGGUCGCUGCUGCGCGGCGUGCUGCGGGUUUUACACCAAAAAUUGCGUCUAUAAGAACAAUAAAAGCGGGUUUUCAGUGCCGUUUGUCUCAGCUCCCAUCAUGUCCAGCAUCCAGCUGCUGCGGGUCCUGGUCAACGAGCGGCUGUCGGCGGCGGCGGAGGAGAUCUUCGAGGCGGUGAGGAAGACCAUCGCGGGCUACGAGGAGGAGCUGCUGCUGACCCGCCGGGAGCUGCGGAGGCACCGCGGGACGCUGAGGACCGAGUUCAAGUCCGAACUUCACCCCGACAGAGUGUCAACAGACCAGCCUCAGCUCACUCUGUCAGUCUGGGAUGAGGACUUUCCCUCCGAUCAGCAGCUGGAGUGGAGCUCCAGUUUGGACCAGAACCAGCAGGUGGCUCCUGAGGAGAAGAACCAGAAGGUGAACCAGGAGGCAAACCAGGAGGUGAACCAGGAGAAGAACCACGAUGUGAACCAGAAGGAGCUCGAGGAGGACAGUACCAUCCGGUUCAUCUUCACGCACCAGUCCAGCUCUCCCAACGCUAAAGCCGAUGAAGGAGAACCUCUACCGAGUACCUCAGCCGAACAGGACCAGGAGAAGACUGACGACGACGACGACGACAAUGAUGAUGCUGCCGCCUCCACUGACUCCUUAACAGCCAACAGCGACGAGGACUGGAGAGCCAGCAUGGACUCCCAGAGCGACGACAGCGACAGCAAGAGGGACAAGAUAAAGAGGAAGAAAGUUCCUCGCCUGCCGAUGGCGCCGAAGCAGCUCCUGAACAAAAAGAACAAACCCCGGAUCAGCUGUAAAGUGUGCAGUAAAGCCUUCCAUGCCAUCGUCUCUCUGGUGAACCACAUGGAGGUUCACUCCAAGGACAUGUGCGGCGUCUGCGGCAAACGCUUUGACGACGACGAGAGCUUCAGGGUUCACCUGAAGACUCAUGUGAAAGCAGAAAUCUGCAGCUUGUGUGGGAAAUGUUUUGGCGGCUUGAGUUCUUUGGAGACACACAUGAGGAUCCACACCGGAGAGAAACCGUUCAACUGCAGCGAGUGCGGGAAGUCCUUCAACUGUCGCCACAACAUGAUGCGACACAUCCGGAUCCACACUGGGGAGAAACCGUACACCUGCACCGUCUGUGGGAAGUCCUUCAACGACUACUCCACCUUGAAACGCCACCUGAUGGUUCACAUUCGCAAGAUCAACCAGAACCCAAACAAUUCAGAUGAAAAUGGCAACAAUGACAAGAAGAUCAAGGCGCCGUUGCUGAAAAAGCCACAGCCCCGGACCAUGUGUGAAGUGUGUGGGAAAAUGUUCCACUCCCUAGUUUCUCUGGUCAAUCAUGCCAAAAGUCAUGCCACGGACCUCUGCGGUGUUUGCGGGACGCGUUUCGAGUCGGAGGAAAACUUGAAACUUCAUCUGAAAACACAUAAAAAUGGGAAAGUGUGCGAAGUGUGCGGCAAGUGUUUUGACAGUCAGGGCAGCCUGGAGAUGCACAUGAGGAUCCACACGGGGGAGAAACCGUUCCUGUGCAGCGAGUGCGGGAAGUCGUUUAACUGUCGACACAACAUGAUGCGACACAUGCGGACGCACACUGGGGAGAAACCAUACCUCUGCAACGUCUGCGGCCGCUCGUUCAGCGACCACACCAGCCUGAAGCAGCACAGCAGCACACACACUGGAGAGAAACCACACCGCUGCGAGGUCUGCGGGAAAGGCUUCCACCGAAAGACAUACGUCAGGCUGCACAUGAAGAGCCACACAACUAAGAAGUGAAAUAAUUUUUGUAAGUUUGGUGCAAAGCUGGAAAUUUAAUCUGCACUUUUUAUGCAUCAUUGGACCUGGAGAUACUUCUAGACUUGACAAUUUUGAAGAAAACCCUUGAAACACACUAACAUUAAUCAGACAAAACAACACACUAUUUUAUUCUCUGGACCAAGGUUAUAAGACAUCAAUAUUCUGUUUUGUUAUGCUGUGUUCUGUUAUUCUGAAAAACACAACACAUUUCCAGUAAUAGUUUAAACAAACUGUUGAGUACAGCUGCAAUGAUAACUCGAUUAGCUGUCUACUCUUAAUUGCCAACUCUUUUGAUAAUCAGUUAGUCAGGUUGAGUAAUUCUUAAAGAAAGAAAGUCUUCAAUCUGUGAUUGCAGCUUCUGGAAUGUGAAUGUUAUCUGGUUACGUUCGUACUCUAUGAUGUUGUACUGAAUGUCUUUGAGUUGUAGACAAAUCAGAUCCCAUUUCCAGCAUUGGGAAACACUAAUGGUUAUGUUUCUACUCUUUUCAACAACAAAUCGAAAAAAUAAUCAACAGUAAUGACAAGCUUCAGCUGCAGGGGUGGGCGAUACAGCCAAAAUAUCAUCACAAUUAUUUAAGGCAGGAUUCAAGUUGACGGUUUUGCAAGAACAAAAAUAAUUUCCCUACUAAAGCAGAAUAUGUACAGUGUGUACUGUUUGACAUGUAUCGGUGUUUUUUGAAGAAUCGACUGUUACACAUAAUAUAAAUUUCAGAUGAUAACAAGUAACAUCUUAGAAAAGAAGGUAUUCAUAAAAAUCUACUCAAUGUUCACAUAAAAUCUCUAGGGCAUUCUUCUUUUGCCAUACCUGACUAUAAAGUUCUGCCAUUUUUACAAUAUUUGUUUCAGCAAACAAUAAUAUUCUGUAGAUGUUUCAAAGAAAAACUAUGCUGAAAAAUGGUAAACCAUUUUAGACUGUCAUUUUACUGAUUUUCCUCGCUUUAUGAUCUAAGAUCUGCAGUAAAAUCACAAAAAAGUAUUAGUUUACGUGUUAAGCGUAAAAAAACUAGUCAAGUCUGUAAAUUCAAAAAUCUGUACAACGUGUUACUGUAAAAUCACACAGUUGUACUGUGUUCAAAUCACCUGGGAGUAAUAUUUCUCAGAUGUUUGGUAGGAUUCGAGUCUCCAACAGUUACUGGGGCAAGGUAUUGCCCUUUUAGACAAAUUUUCAGUCAUUUUGACUGGUUUUGGCCAAAUUUUGUCAUCUUUAACUACAGCAGAAGCUCACUAAGUGAUUGCACAGAGAAGCUUCUAGUCUCCAUCAGUUACAAGGACAAGUUUUGGUAAUUUUAGACCAUUGUUGAGUCAUUUCGAACAAGUUUUGGACAGAUUUUGUCAUCUUUAACUACAAUAGAAGCCAGCUAAGUGACUGCACAGAGAAGCUUCUCAUCUCCAUUAGUAACUGGAACAAGUUUUUGUCAUUUUUAGACAAAUUUUUAGUCAUUUUAACUACCUUCGAACAGGAUUUGUGUAGUUUUGGGUGGGUUUUGUCAUUUCAAGCUAAGUGAUUGUGCACAUUUAUCCAAAGUGAUUUUACCUACCUGGAUUGUUUUCUAUGACAGUUGAGAAUUUAAUUCUCAGCAGCUGCAAUCAUGAUCUUGAUUAUUAUUCGAUUAAUUUUGCAGCUUUAAGUAGAAGCAAAAUAAACGGACAAGAAGAAGUCAGUGAGAGAAAGCAAAUUUCAAACUAUCUAAAUAGUGUAUUUCAAUUUUUAAAAAGGCUAAGAGCGUAGAUUCUGCUCAUUUACAGGUUGAAACUUUUGUUUUAGAAAGUUUAUUAGAAUACGUUUACAUGCUUUAAUGUUUAAACACAUCAUCUGAUGAUAUUUUCGUUUGUAUUGCCUGAACCCUGCUGAUAAAAUGUGAAAUCUUCACUAUUUCUAAUGAUAAAAAGCAUUUUUGUCCAAAGGCGAGCCUUUGUUUCUAGAUUAAAAUGAACAUUUGCAGCUGGGGUUACAAGUCGACAGAAACCUUCAAACCAAUUUUUCACAUAAAUUUGAGAAUUUUUUCAUUACGUAUUUAUGCUACACUCCGUUUUUACCUGCUGUGUUCAACUAGUCACACAAUCCUUUAAGUUUCAGACACUAUCGAAUUGUUCAUCUUCUAGGGUUAAAUAUGCAGUUUAUCUCAUGUUUGUUUCACUCCAUGUGCUGUUUUCUCUCUGAAUUCUUCUGUACUGUUACUCUUCACUACAAUCAUUCACACAGGCACUAAGAACUCUGAUGUUGGAUGUAAAUCUGAACUCUGAAUGCAGUUUUAGUCACAACGUGCCUCCGACAGACUUUCUGUUUUAGUUUAGCAUCACGACAGCACAUUUAAACACCAGAAAGUCUUUUUGUUUUUUAGCCAAAGACGUUACAGAGCAGCGACUCUGACUUUCUGUUCCAGUUGUUUUAAUAAAGUUCGACUUUACGACUGA